GGCAUGAGCAAAGGGUAAAACCCAAAAGCAGUGGGGGUGGCCGGUGGGGCCGUGUUGUUGAAAGCCGAACAAGGCAAACCCAAGUUCUCAUCUGCUGCAAAACAGAGCAAGGUAUAAAAAUCCCUCUACCUUGUUUAAAUACAAGCAAUUAAUCUCUUUCAUAAUCAGUACAAAAGGGGACCAGUAGUGAGGCAGAAGAGGGUACAUACCGUAGUGGGUAGUGGGCACUAGCUUGAGAUGAUUACAGAGGCUGCUGGUUCAGAGGGUACUGCUUCUUCUGCACAGCCCCUGAUACUGGUAGAGGAUGGUAGCGGCAAUGGAAGAGAAUCAUACUCAAAAGACGGGAGUUGGAAGAACUACUGGAAGAAAGUUCUUGUGGAGGCGAAGCGGCAGGUGCUGUUCUCGUUGCCCAUGAUCCUUACCAAUGUUUCCUAUUACGCCAUUCUCCUUGUCUCCGUCAUGUUCGCCGGCCACCUUGGCAACCUUCAGCUCGCCGGCGCCACCCUCGCCAACUCUUGGGCUACCGUUACCGGCUUUGCUUUAAUGAUUGGCCUAAGUGGGGCACUUGAGACUCUUUGUGGGCAAGGAUUUGGUGCACAGUUAUAUGGGAUGCUGGGAAUUCAUCUGCAGGCAUCUUGCAUCAUAUCGUUCUUUUUCUCCAUCAUUAUAUCAAUCUUAUGGUAUUUUUCAGAACCUGUACUGAUCUUACUGCAUCAAGAUCGCCACAUCUCAAAAACAGCUGCUCUCUUCAUGAAGUAUCUUAUACCAGGAUUAUUUGCAUUUGGCUUCCUCAAUAACAUCUUGAGGUUUCUUCAAACGCAAUCUGUGGUUAUUCCUCUUGUUGUGUGCUCAAUGCUCCCAUUGAUCGUCCAUUUGGGCAUUGCAUAUGCAUUGGUUCAUUGGACACCUCUCGGUUAUGAGGGAGCUCCAUUAGCAGCCUCAAUUUCAUUGUGGAUAUCAUUCCUCAUGUUGGCCACAUAUGUUCUUUGUUCCAAGAAAUUUGAGCACACCUGGAAAGGAUUUUCAUUGGGUUCACUUUAUUAUGUUUUUAUGAACUUGAAACUAGCCGUGCCCUCUGCAGCAAUGGUGUGUCUGGAGUACUGGGCUUUUGAGGUUCUGGUGAUACUAGCUGGAUUGAUGCCAAACUCUGAAAAUACUACUUCCUUGAUUGCGAUGUGCGUGAGUACGGAAGCAAUCGCAUACAUGAUUACUUAUGGUCUGAGUGCCGCUGCUAGCACGAGGGUUUCCAAUGAAUUGGGAGCUGGCCAUCCAGACCGAGCUAAGAAUGCUAUGGCUGUGACUCUCAAGCUAUCCUUCCUUCUUGCUCUUGCAGUUGUAUUGGCCCUUGUCUUUGGUCAUAAUAUAUGGGCUGGCUUCUUCAGUGAUAGCGCGGUUAUAAUUAAGUCUUUCGCUUCAAUGACACCUUUUCUUGCAGUCUCUAUAAUAUUUGAUUCUGUUCAAGGUGUAUUAUCAGGAGUGGCCAGAGGAUGUGGUUGGCAGCACUUGGCUGCCUAUGCUAAUUUGGCAACCUUCUAUUUCAUUGGCAUGCCGAUUGCAUGCGUUCUUGCAUUUAAGUUGAAAUUAUAUGCUAAGGGUCUGUGGAUUGGCUUAAUAUGUGGUCUAUCAUGCCAAUCUGGGACCUUACUGUUUAUUACACUGCGCACCAGAUGGGCUGAGGUGGGGCUAUCUGUAAACAAUGACAAGGAAAUUCCAAUUUCAGUUUAAGUUCAUGUUGAUAAAUAGAUCACAACGAAAAUGCCCGGACAAAAGACAGGUUCUAAGAAGAAACAUAUGCAUUUUGUAGCCUGAGAUGAGAGAUAUGGUAGUCGCCUAGUAACAAGAAAAGCUUUUGUCAUCAAAUUGAAUCUUUCUAUUCGAGCAAACAUCAUAAACUUCUUUUUCAUCACAUGAAAAGAUUAUUGAUCCCUUGCCUCUUGGC